AGUAAAGCAAUGUACUCUCUCCCCACCCUCGGUCUCUGCUCUGGUUGCGUCCGCUUCGCUCCGCCGCCGCGCUCCGCAGCCACGAAACGGCGGCGCCUCCAGAUCAGAGCCAUGAGAGCCGUCGUCCAGAGGGUCGCCUCCGCCAGCGUCGAGGUGGAAGGCCGCACGGUGUCGGAGAUUGGUCCCGGCCUCCUCGUUCUCGUCGGAAUCCACGACUCCGACACCGACUCCGAUGCCGAUUACAUAUGUCGGAAGGUUUUGAACAUGAGAUUGUUCACGAACGAGAGUACGGGGAGAGGGUGGGACCAAAACGUGAUGCAGAAGAAUUAUGGGGUUCUUUUAGUUAGUCAAUUUACAUUGUAUGGAAUCUUGAAGGGUAACAAGCCAGACUUUCAUGUUGCAAUGCCCCCUCAGAAGGCGAAGCCCUUCUACGAGUCUCUGGUCGAGAGAUUUCGAAAGGCUUACAGCCCCGAUGCUGUGAAAGACGGCAUAUUUGGGGCAAUGAUGAAGGUCAAUCUAGUUAACGAUGGACCGGUGACCAUGCAGCUCGAUUCAUUACAAUCAACCAGAAAUGCAGAGACUGCAGCAGAAGAGCCAGGAAAGUAGUUACAUCGCACGAUACUGACACAUUGAUUGGCAACGAUAUGAUUGACUGGCGCGCGAAAAAUAUGACCCCAUUUAAGUUACUGGGGUUUUGUCUUCAAUUACGUGAACACUGUAUUAUCUGGUAGAAUAGCACUAGAUAAUAGAAUAAGCUUCAUCCUUGGCAAUUGCCGUGCCGGGUAAAAUUCUAUACUCUGUAGCUUUCUCGAUUCAAAAGUUUAAGAUGCUUGCCAGGCAUUAAAGUGACGCCUUUUGGUUU